AACCGAAUCCCAGUAUGAAUACAGUAUGGACCUGAGGAAUAUUUGGACCAUGUUUAUCGCGUCAUUUAGAGGGAACAACAACGUCCCAGAAUUUGGAUGGAAAAACAGCAUGGGCAUGGAGGAGAUGGUGAGGACCCUGCUACAGAACCAGGACACACUGGAGGGCCCCAGUGUGGAUCCAUUAGACCUCAUGAAGGCCUACAAGGACAAACUCCUGGAGGAGAUGUGGAAACAGCAGGACAGUCUGGAGGGCCCACUGCCCCCCUCGAAAGAAAGGAGGCCCAACUCUCCAGGAGCCAUCAGUAGGGGACACGGGGAGGACUACGACGAGACCAAUCCCAUUCUAGAGCGUCUGCGGGCUCUUGAGGUGGAGAACUCUGCCUUGACAAAGGAGAACGACAACCAGAGGAAGCAGUAUGAACGCUGUCUGGAUGAGGUGGCUAAUCAGGUGGUCCAAGCUCUCCUCACUCAAAAGGACCUGAAGGAGGAGUGUGUAAAGCUGAGGACACGCGUGUUUGACUUGGAGCAGCAGAACCGCAUACUGAACGUUCUCUUCCAGCAGUGGGUCAAAACAUCCACCGACCCUAUCUCUCAGGAAGUCCAGCGGAAUGGGAAGGCAAGUGUUCCUGCAGGCAGGUGGCCCAGCCUGCUUAGUCUAACCUGUCCACGCAGUAGCUGCAGUGGCAGUGAGGCCUCAUUAUCCAGCGUCUCGACUGAGUACUCCAGUGGCUCACAUACUUGGGCAGAAGGACGUCGCUCCUCCAAGCAGUCUAUGAUAAGCCGGGAGAAGAGGAUGAGCGCAGGUUCAGUGUCCAGCAAUCAGUCUGUCCCAGCAGAGCAGCCCGAUCUAAAUUGGAAGGAGGGCCACAUUCUGAAAGGCCUGAAGAGGCUCCAAAUGCGCAGCCCAGCUCCCAAGGAGACAGCUUCACUCGCCUCCACGUCACAUUUCAAGGACUGCAUGACCUCCAAUGAGGGCAUAUACUCUUUAGGGGUUAAGGGUGGGCCCCAGGGGGUAGUGCCUAAAUUGGCAUUGGCAAAGGGAAAUUAUUUUAAGCCAGCAGCAGGAGUCAGUACCUUAAUCUCUGACUCAGACGAUGCAGAGGAUGAAGUGCCUCAAUCACCAGCCAGGGAGUCCUGCGCCCAACCCAUUAAAGAGACUCUCCAUCUGGAAGGAGAGCCUGCGUCUGAAUUGGGAACGGCACAAGGGGGAAAGAGCUCCAUGGUCUACAACUCCCAAGAAGAGCCUGUAAGACUCAUAAUUCCCAGCAACUCCUUCUCACCUAUCAAAGAUGUCUUCUUGCUCGAGGGUCCCACACUGAAGCCUGGACUCAGCCCAACGGAGAGCCCUAACUUUAUGAGUGGACUUCAAAAUAAAGACAAGCUAGUAGAAACUACAAGACAUAGUUACAAUUUGAGGCCAGAGAGCAUUAAACAGCCACAAAACAAAGUUACGGUCAAACAUCUAGAGGCACGGGCUAGGGAAGUGAGCCUACCCAUUCAGUAUGCAGCAGCCAGAGCUCUGAGUUGGGUUAGUGAGGCCAGACAGCGCAGUGCUUCCAUGGAUACGAAGCAGUACAGAGAGCCGAGCAGCCAGGGUGGAGUUGAUACCAAGGACUACACCAUUUUGCAGUCCCGACAGAGGAAAACAAAGCCUACGGCUUGCGACUCAGCAAGGAAGGCCUUUAUCCUCCGACGCAAGAGUGCAGAUGGAGGUCCAGACCAGGCCAAGCUACAUCAGCCCCUACAUCAGAAACUUAUCAAAGUCAAUCAAAGGGCCAAGAACCGCUCAAACCCUCCUGGGCCCAGUGGCCCUCGCACAAAGAUUAACCUCAGCAGGGCACCAGGUCCAGCUAAGGUAUCAGUACAAAUGACUGAGAAAGGUGAGACUGCUAGUGGGGCAAGAACUUCAGGGCCCCUUGAGAAUACAGUACAUGGCUCCCCUUCUUCCUCCCCUCAGAAACUGGUCAAAGUUUUUGAGCCACCUGUGCUGAAUGAUUGUCCCAAGAGCACAUCUAAAGUAUUCCAACCAGUUUCCAAACUCCCAUCAAGAAACGACUGUGGGGUAAAAGGCCCCAACUCCAACAAUUCAGCUUGCUCUCCACUUAAACAGAGGCAGCAAGACCAGCACUCGGAUUCCUCUUGCAAUGAUAUCAGGUCUCCUUCACCUCCACUCCCACCAGGUCGGACCACCUCCCUACUUAUUCGACCUGGUUAUGGCUCCUUACCUCAGGCGCAUAAGCCUGUGGUUAUGCUCCAAACCUCUAGCACAGUAAAGGCAACUGCGCGUAGCACCAAACCUCCGUCAAGUCAUCAGUCAUCUGUUUUACAAAUGCAACCUCUAGCCCCCAACAAAAUGCAAGACACUCAUCAUAUGGCUCCCAAAAUGGGUAUUGAGGUGAAAAAGCUACCAAAAUGGGUCCCUGCCAAAGUCUACCAUCCUUUACCAACUUCGACCACUCUUCAAGAAUCCAAGGAAACGGACUCUUCCCAAUCCUCAAUGAACAGGACUGUGGCACAAGCCUCCCAUCAGGAAAAUAGUGUUCCAUUUGUGGUGCAAAAUCAGGACAGUUUAUCUGUGUCCCAGCAAGGCAAUGGUGAGCCACAAAGUACAGAGCUCUUACCUCAGGCCUCAGCAUCUCUACUUUGCCAUGACAUAGUUAGUAUCUCUCAACAUUCUGUGACCAGGGCAGUAAAUGCAUCCCUUCCUGUUGGCUCCAAAACCAAUGAGACGACCCCAAAGCUGGGAAACAACUUUGCAGUUAUCACUGCUAUAAAGGGAGUGCAGACUUUUGACACCUUCAACCAGGACACGUACAGACGUCCAAUGAUGCACUGUGUCAAUGCAGCUGUAGCCAAGGCCAAAGCCAGGAGAAAGCUUGAGACCCACUGUAGCUCACUAGAGGAGGCUGCACUCCCACCUCCAGUGGCAGAGAAUGGUGUAACUUUGGACUGGGGAUUUGAUGAAGAGAGCUGGCUAUUCAAGCGCUCGGUCUCAGUCUCGACCCGACCUCCUCUCCACCCGGUUAUGGGCAUGAAUGGAGCAAAGGCUCGCAGUCAAAGCUUUGGUGCACGCUAUAUGGACAGACCGAACAUCAGCAGGUCUGGAAAUGUUCGUAGUCACAUCAAAACUAACUCAGGAAGCUCUUUGAAUUCUCUUGGUGAUGUAUUCCAGGGUAGUAUGAGUUGCUCCAAUAGCUACAAUUGUUCAAGGAACAAAUCCCACAACAAUUUCAUGAUUGAGGAAGGCUUGCCAAUACCUCUGCAUCUGGAGGCCUCCAGUGAUCGAUUUGGUCUCAAACACCAGAGAGUAAACUCAUGUUCACAUCUCCGGACUGAGAAACAGUCCCCUAGCACCUUCUAUGAAUGUAUCCAAGGGGAACCAGAGAGACAGUCAAACAUCUCCACCAUCGAGGAGAAGGUCAUGAUGGGAAUCGAGGAGAAUUUGCAGAAAUCUCAGCAGAAGGAGAAGACAACUAAAACUAAGCAGAAAUCCGGUUCACUGUCAAACUGGUUUGGAUUCCGCAAGAGCAAGCUCCCUGCUCCGAUUGGUAAAAAAGGAGAUUCUUCAAGGGGAAAGGAGGAGAGGAAGGAACCUAAGCUUGGAUCUCUCUUGGGUGGGAAGCAGGCACAGUUCGACAAAAAGAAGGAAGGGAGGAAAAGUGAAGGUCAUCAAAUGGAUGGCUCGGUUGGGAAAAGAGACUCCCAAGAUACAUUGCUCGUCUGCCUUUCGAUGGCCUCCCUGGGAGCCCCAGGUAACAGCAACAUACAAGGACAAACCGACAUCAGUGGGGACACAAAGACAAAGAUACAGAGGAUGAACCUCAGGACUGAUAAUGACAACAGAGUUGCUUUGAAGAGCCCCAGUGAAGAUCACUUUAUCGGCUCCGGCUGCAAGAUGCGAACGUUGGACAGCGGCAUUGGAACAUUCCCCCUCCUUGAUUCCUCCUCCUUGUUCUCCUCCAUCCUCCACCUCCUUCCCAUGUCCACAUCGGCCCAAAACUCCCUCAGUCCUCCCAGUGCUCCCAGUUCCUCUAGUGAGGAGGUGUCACCCUCCCCAUUACCCCGGUGGAGAGUACCAUCUGGCUCAAAAGACCAUCUCUGCAGCCAACCAGGCCUGGACAACUCCUCGUUAUCCGACACCACUGUGACCCUUGUCCAAUCAGUGCCUUAUCCCACUUUGGCCUUCCUUCAGCCUGUCCAAUCCCUGUCUGAGCCCCUUGUGACCUGUGCCAGUGUGUGUGAUACCCAGAGCAAGCUGCCCAGACUAGCUUCAGCAGUUAGAAUGACAUGAUCAUGAAGACUGACAAGGACAACUGCUAAGAAACCAUCAGCAAAUAAAUUCUGGAACAAAAUGAGCAGCAUCGAGGGGAGAGAGAUAGAGAGAGAGAGGGGAAUCAGCAGGCAUGUAACCUACAGGGAGAUUCAUUAUUACAAUGGCUCAUGGUCAAACAGAAGCACUAUACCUACCUUUAGGAAUAGAACUGCCCGUGAAAACAUGUUAUGUCAACAUAUGAAAGUUGCCCAUUUCCUUCUGAUGAGUUUCUGUCCACAGGACCCGAAGUGUUAAAAUCUGUAAACUAUUGAUUUACAGUCAAUUAUAAUCAUCCUUGGACUUGGUUUGCUGUACUUGACACACAUUAGCCUCUUCAGUAGCUUUACCAGUUAGCUCACACGUAGGUACUGUGCUGUCAUUUCUAAUGGCUCCUUAUCUUGUCAACUUAAUUGUAGACGGAUGGCGUGGGAAGAACGCCACAAUGACCUUCUCUCAUUCGGGAGUUUUAUGAAAUAGAUAGUUUACUCAAUUUACAAAAUAUUGAUUUCCUUACCCUGUAAGCAGUCUUUGGACAGGGUAAGACAGAAUUCAUGCCUUGGUUUUACUUACAGGAUAAAGUAAAGAAUAUGUAAUUUAGUCAUUUGGGUGAACUAUCUCUUUAACAGUUAGCAAAACAAUACAGACUGACUUGCUAGGUUCUGUGCUGGGCAAUAUGUGGUUGGGUUGUUUAGGAACAAAACCGAUGCGUGCUCAACUUUGGGGCAAAGCAAUUAUAAACUCCAAAGGAUUAUUAAAAACGUGAAAUAUAUUUAGUCUCCGAAUGUUUAUUGAAAACAUACUUUUGCCCAAUAAGCACUUGUUGUUUUCUCUCAAAUAGAUCAUUAAAGAUAUUGGGUAGCUAGCUAGCUAGCGAAUUUUUGCCUUAUUAGCAUAGACAUACAGAAAGUUAAGCACCUCAAAACAAGACAUGGUAUCAAGAACAAGAUACAACUAGCUGAAACAAACCAUAUACGAUUCCCCACAUGGCAGCUUUUUGUCAAUGUUGCUAGCUAUCUGACCAUUCAGAAUAAUUACAACUCAUGGUCUUCUGCCCCAUCAAUGCGCAGGCAUCAUUUUGACGUUGUCAGGCAACCUGUCUAUAUGUACUGUCAACUGACACACAAAAUCAGUGUGCAACAAACAUAACUUCAAGGACGUCUGACUGGCUAAUACGCUAUCAAUCACAGAAGUACAGUAGAGGCAGGAUCUCCACUCAUAACUGUGUCGUUCCACCUCAAAAAUCACAAGAAAGAAGAUUGACAUCCACCAUCUCAGAUUGUUCAGAACUCGGUUCUGUAGUUAGUGACAGAUUCCAUUAGCGUUCCUGAAACAUUAUUUUGUUGAAAUAUAAUUUGAUCUCUGAGAAAUUCAGCUAAUUGAUUGCACACAAUUGGGCAUUUUAAUUGACAGGAUUCUGAUAAUAUUCAAUAAAUACAGUACCCAACAUCCGAUAUGGACCAAACAUGGGAUGACUCAACUGUAUGUCACUACGUUGAAUAGAUUCACCCUAAAACCACAUGAACAAGUAUAUUAAAAAGCAUGUUAGCUUUGUAUAUAACAAGCACUUUUAAUGACUUUUUACACAUUACUGAACUCUUGUAUGUACAGUAUACCUAUGAACUCAGUUAUACAUAAGCGCAACAUUAAUAUUGCUAUGCAGUCAGCUCAGGGAAAUGCCAUUACUCAUUUAGGAAAUACUUAAUGGAUGGCUAUAUGGAAGUUAUAAGCAGGUUUCCAAUUUAACCCCAACACAUGAUUUUUGUAUAAUGUAAUGUAUAUUUACAGUGCCUUCAGAAAGUAUUCACACCCUUUAACUUUUCACACAUUUUUGUUGUUUAUUUUUGAAUUGAUUUAAUCUGGCAAGUCUGUUAAAAACAAAUUCUUAUUUACAAUGAUGGCCUACCUCAACCAAACCCUCCCCUAACCCAGGCAAUGCUGGGCCAAUUGUGCGCUGCCUUAUGAGACUCCCAAUCACGGACGCUUGCGAUACAGCCCAGGAUCGAACCCAGGUCUAUAGUGACGCUUCUAGAACCCUGCGCCACUCAGGAUCCAUGUUUUACAGCCUGAGAUUAAAAUGGAUUGAAUAUAGAUUUUUUUGUCACUUGCCUACACACAAUAACCCAUCAUUUCAAAGUAGAAUUGUGUUUUUCAAAAUUUUUACAAAUUAAUAAAAAAUGUAUAGCUGAAAUAUAUUCAACCCCUUUGUUAUGACAAGCCUAAAUACGUUUUGUGGUACAAAUUUGCUAAGCACAUAAUAAGUUGCAUGGACUGAUUGUGAAUGACUGCCUCAUCUUUGUACCCCACACAUACAGUUAUUUGUAAGGUCCCUGAGUCGAUCAACAAAAAUGAUAUUUACUCCACAAUACUAACCUAAAUGACAGAGUGAAAAGAAAGAAGCCUUUACAGAAUACAAAAUACUCCAAAACAUGCAACCUGUUUGCAAUAAGGCACUAAAGUAAAACUACAAAUAUUAUAGCAAAAAAAAAACUUUGUCUUCAAUACAACACAUCACUGAGUACCAGUCUUCACAUAUUCAAGCAUGGUGGCGUGUGUAGAUGAGAGAAAACAAUUUAAUCCAUCUUGAAAUCAGGCUGUAAAACUACAAAAUGUGCAAUAAUUUAAAGGGUAUGAAUAUGUUCUGUAUAGACUUUAUAUGUAUAAAAUAACUAUGUGAUGUAUUGUGUUUAGGCAACUCACUUUUAAGCUCCAAAUAAAAUGCAUAUUGUGUACUCUACUGAUCUUUUCAUUGUUAUGAAUGCAUCAUGACAUGUUUGGCUACUUCGGCUGCUAUAUGAAAUGUUUUUCUUCCCUAACUCUUUUUAAAAAUUGUUUCCCUACCUUGACUUUUAUACAUUGUGACGACCAUUUACCCAGGGUGGUCUCUCUCCUCCUGGGUAUACAGUAGUGCAUAAUCAGUCCUGGUAACCUGGGGUAUUUUAGACACCACAACAGAGGAAGAAUAAGGACAUAUCAAAAAUAUAUUAGCACUGUU